AUGUCCCUCCCCACCGAACUCCACAUCCAAAUAUCCUCCUACCUCUCCUACCCCGACGCCCUCGCCCUCAAACACACCAACCGCCAUUUCUAUUCCCUCGUGUAUACGAGCAUCCACCUCAAAAUAAACUGGCUGCUAUGGAGGUUUGAGCACAAACUCGAGUGUCCUCGAAACGAGGACUGUUCCUUGAGGACGGAUGCAUCGUUUUGUAGAAGCAAAACAGUCAGGAAGAUUAUGGAGAGGAGGAGGAGGCACCUAGAGUGUAGGUCGGGCGAGGGGGGCUGUUUUGUGGUUUUGGGAGGGAGUUGUAGGAGGAAGGAGGUUGUACCGGGGUGGGUGCGGAGGGGGUUUAGGGGCUGGGGGGAUGAAGUGUUGAUAUAUGGGUUGUUGUUUGUGUUUUGGAUGGCGGUUUGGAAUGUGGUUAGGAUAUCGAUGCUUAGUUGA